AUGUCUUAUAUGGAAACUUUAUCUAACGAUUUUAGUAAAUUUUUUGAGGAUGAUAAUAAUUAUGAUGUAGAAAUCAAAGUAGGUGAAGAACCUAAUAUCAGAAUAUUUCGCGGACAUUCUCAAAUAUUUAUCGCACGUUCAUCGUAUUUUAAAUCUGCUUUUAGUCAGGGAUGGGUAAAAAAAAAUAAUGGAAUAAUUAAUUUUGAAAAACCAAAUAUUUUACCUAAAAUUUUUGAAAUUAUCAUUCGGUAUAUUUAUACUGGAAUAAUUCAGUUUGAUAUUCUUCAAGCAGACGUUCUCCUUGAACUACUUCUUGCAUUUGAUGAAAUUGAUUUAGAUUAUUUGAUGGAUGACUUACAGGAUUACCUUUUAAGUGUAGGUUCUCAGUGGAUUCGAGAAAAUUUUGUUUAUGUCUAUAAAAUUGGUUUAUUGCAUGAUAGAUUUGUAAAAUUAAAUAAAUGCAUAGAUGAUAUUAUUCGAGAUGAACCUGAUGUGCUAUUAGACUCUAAAAAUUUCACUGAAUUACAAGAAUCCGAACUUCUUCCUAUUCUUAAACGUGACGAUUUUAGUGUGAAAGAUGAAUUUGAAAUUUGGGAUCACGUCAUUCAAUGGGGAUGUGCACAACAGAAUCCAAACCUUUCUAUAGAUUCAUCUAAAUGGUCAGAGGAAAAUUUUGAAUCUAUGAGAUUAACAUUGAAAAAUUUUAUUCCCCUGGUGAGAUUUUUUACAUUAACUCCGGAUGAAUUUAAUAGACAUGUUAAACCAUACAAAAAAAUUCUUGGUAAUAUUUAUGAACAAGUUUUACGAUCUCAUCUUAAUAAUGAAUGGCAACCUAGAAACAUACAAGUGCUUCCUCGUAGAAACACUACUAAAGCAAGGUUAUUAAGACAUAAUCACAUUAAAGAAAUCAAAAAACGAAUAUAUUCUAAGAAAUCUAUUAGAUUAUUUCCUACUAAAGACCCAUAUGACAUGGUUUUACUUGAACCAGAUCAAUAUGAAGAUCUUUGCGUAUAUCCAACGGUUAUAGUAUUUCGUAUUGCUGAACUUAAUUUAAUAAUUGGAGGAUAUAAUCCAUUUAAAACAAAAUAUUCUAAAAUUUCAUAUCCACCUUCUUUUAAAUUGAAAGCGGAAUAUAGUUUUAUGUUCAAAAUUGAUAAUAUUAAAAAAAUUAAAUUUAUUUCUACUUUAGGAACUCAAGAUUUUAAUUUAAAAUUUGAUAAUAUUAGGCCAUUAAAUAUUUUUGACUUUAAAUUUCAAGAUAAUUAUAGCAAAAUUUAUUAUCGAAAAUAUUUUUAUCGUAAACUUUUAGAUUGUAACACCGGUAGUUAUAAUAUUGAAGAAUUACAGGCCUUUAAAAUAAUUGAAAAUUCUGAAUAA